UUGAAUGAAUUCGUGGCGCCUCUGAUGCGAUCUUUACCUCAAGACAGUCCGUUGUUUAGGUCGUUCAAAGAUAAUACAGUGAAAAAGGCAAUAAACGAAAGAAUAUCUGAAUUGCACCCAUACCUACAAGAUAAUGAUCGUAACGUGUUUGAUGAAGAUAAUUUUCUGUUAGAGGGCAACGAUGAAACAGCCAUCAUAGAAUUUCUACCGAAGACGGACAUGACAAAUAACGACACAAACUAUAAUCUGCUUAAGAAUAAUAUAAAGAAAUAUAAAAAAAUAAGAGAGAAAAUCAAAAAAAGUUUAACGGAUGAAUCAGUGUCUGAGAAAACGAAAACUUUUGUUCUUAAAACGUUGGAUGAUCUGAGUAAAGAUUUAAUACAUGGGCGUUGUAGCGGUCAGAGUAUGCGGUCACAGAAAAACAGUGAACCAUAUUUGAUAGCUAACAAAUGGAAUGAAGGAUGGCGUCAUAUUAAAAACAGUAUCUUCAGUUUCCUUUCAAGUAAUUUUAGAAAAAGUAGCGACAUACCAAAAUAUAUUGACAAUCUUCACAUGCUCCUAAAAAAAAUAUCAAAGGAUGCCGAUUUAAUUUCUAAGAAAUACAAAAUACAAUGCGAAUUCAUUCCAAAAAUAUCCUAUCUGAGCACAGAAAGUUCAAACCCUUUGAGACUUAAUUGGGACUCGACGGAUUUAGAAGAAGAUCGCUGCCAAAGAACCAUCAUAUGUUCUAACGAAUUGAAAGAUUUUAUGUUCAAAUUCUAUCAAACCCUGAACGAUACAACAGUUAGCGUAUUAAAAAAUUACGAAGAAAUGUACACUAGAGAAGUUAGCGCAGAUGAUGCUAGGGAAAAGCAAACAAUUAUACAUUUGCUCGCCCGUGCUAGCGACGACGUCAAAACCGCCGUCAAAGACGUGUAUUUGAAAGAAAUAAGAAAAUUCAAACUACACGAGAGUAAAAACCACGAAGCGAACAUCAAUUUGAUAACUGAAUUCAUAAAGAAAAAUGUCGAAAACGUAAAGGAGAAAAUACGAAAGAUGUUAAGAGCGAGGCUGAGUAACAUAAGAGAUAAAGUUGCUUUGGUCAUACAAGAUGAUGUGAAGGUAAAUUUAGACGUUGAUCUGGGAAACCUGGAACAAGAGUUCACGAAACGCAUCUGUGCAGCGUUCAGACUUUGCAACGGCCAAUAUGCAGGCAGGCGGCAAAACGAAGAACCGAAGAUCGACAAAAAUAAUGUCCUCGUGCAGGUUCAACUUAGUUUGGACAGUGAUCCUGAAUUUAGACGUUUCUUAAACAAUGGAACAGAUGAUAAAAGUGCGACGGUCACGACAUAUUCAUCCAAUGUUAACAUUACCAGAACUACCACUUUUAGUUCAACGAUGCAAAAUUAA